AUGAGGUAUGGGCGGAGUCAGAAAAUCUUCGCCUUUAAAUAAGCAGAGUCUGAACGUUCGAUACCCACAGAAACUCUGAGGAUAUCCGACAAACAAGGAAUUAUCAUCCGAGCGGGUUCUUUAACCUUCAACAAACGAAACUCCAGAAUGGACACCAUGCAUGAGCUCAUCCCUUUCGCCAAGGAAAUGCUGAGCGCAGGUCCCUCAAAAGGCUCUCUGAAGGUCUACUUGGUGGGCGGCACGUUUGCGGUCCUGGGAAUGGUGAGCGGAGUGGUCCAGGUGGCAUCUUCCCUCUUCCCAGACCACGAGGAACCAGACUUUGACAUGCUGAAGGUGCAGGAGGUCCUGCCGGUGAAGCAGCCGGUCCAGGAACCGCAGACCAGCAUCCCUGAAGACGAAGAAAUGGAUGCUGUGAUGGAAGCAAAAGCCAAGGAGCUUCCCUCAAACAGACAGCGGAGGAUGAGCUUCAGAGCUCACGCUUCAUAAAGCUGCUGUUCAUGCAUUUCUGAAGAAAGUUGAGCGCGAAUGAAGGUCUGCUUGUGCACUGACUGGUGAAGCACGUCACUGAGGAACAGCUGAUGAACUGAGAUAAAUGACUUGAUCGAUUAGGACUGUUACGUAUGUCUGUUCUGAUGGUGUAAUGAUGUAUUUUUUGUAUGAUAAUAAAACAGAUGAUGUAUUAUUUAUAAAGGAUGUAUAGAGUCGUGUGUAGAGUGUGCUAUCUUUCACUGCUGUGAAAUAAAGUCAUAUUUGCUUGA